GUAUGCCGUUUCUCACGCUCUGAAGCCUAGUGGAUGGCCAGCUGCGUUGGCCGGCGCGCAGAAGCUUGUUGGUCUGAAGUACAUGGCUCCCGAGGAAGAAGAUAAUGAAGACCCCGUGUACGUUUGAGACAUGAAUGUGGGAACUGCUCGACACUUUUGUGAGCCUGUAUCGAUCAUGGGGUAGUUUCACUAUGUCUCGCGUCUCGGGUCAACUCUCCUGCCGACCAAGAAAGAGAAGACAUCUCACACGUCGACAAUGCGCAGUCUCAUUGCACUGAUCCUACGUGCUGGGUUGUCGUCCGAUUCGGUUAUGUCCUUGACCUUGGAGUUCCUUGAAGACCUGAAGCGAACCAAGUUACCAGGACUCGAGGGACCACUGAAUCCGUCCAAGCCAGAGGGAAAGGCGAUUAGAGGACUCCGUUUCACCUGGACCAAGGAUGAUGACACCAUGGACGUCAUGUGGUCAUUGGCCGCCUUUGCCAUCAGAAUCUUGCUUGCCCGUGAAGAUUCCAUUGACAAUAUGUCCUGCGCGCCAACCUGGUCGACGACUGAACCCUUCUCCAUGGAGUCAUUGCUGGGCGCCCAAUGGAUUGAAGUAUUGAGCAAAGAUUUCCUGGAUGUCGCUUAUGGGGUCGUGUUGACAGCCGGGGACGUCAAGCUUGGACCCGUGAUUCACUUCACUUUCAUGCUCAUUGUCGCCUGCGUUGUUUCGCCGUUGCCUGUUGCUGAUAUCAAAAGGAAUAUGGAGACCAAGAUGCAUUCAAUGACCCUGCUAUCCGUGGGCAGAAGAAACGACUGAUGGCGGCCACGAAGAAUCCCAAGCCCUUCUUGGACCAGGUUUACGCUGUUCACUGCGCUGCCCCUUACCUUGUAUCAGCCAUCAUUGGAGUUCCAGCUUGUGAUCCACGCGUUCGCAACCAACUCUUGGGGGAUUUGUCG